GUUCGCCUUCCUGACUAUUGAAAAGAUCUAAUGACUUUAGCAUGUAUCUGCUUCAAAAGGACAUUUGUCCUUUUUCCGAUAUUGUUCGUGCGCACAUUUGCAGGAUAUCAAAGUGUAUAGAUAACACUACAUAGUUUGUAUAGACUACUUGGAAUAUCUUCAAUUUCAAUGACCUGUCCGUUCCCUGGCAAUGCGCUGCUACAACACGCGCGCUGCGACGAACCAAGUUGGCAGCAACCUUAUGAGACCAUCAUGUGUAAAAUCAUGGAUUUUGCUGCUGUCUAUCACGCUGGGCAUGGCGUUUACCGACGACAGCGAUGCUCUGCAAGCCUGCGGCCGGGCCUUGGCAUACGCAGCGUAUGAAAGUUCUGGCCCUCCAGCAACUACAUGGCAGUCAUUCGCUCCUAAGGUUUCUAAGGGCCUGUAUCAGUGCCACGUCAUAUUGGAUAACUCGACAACCUCCGAAUCCUCCACAGCGCUCCGGGUACUGGUACCUGACAUCUACGCUGCCUGGCUGCAGCCCUCAUUAGAACGCUUUGCCGUGCUAUACGGUGUGGAACUGGUUGUGGACAUCCGCCCCACCUCGCAGCUACCCCUUCUGGUGCGUGAAGCGGCAGCAAAAGCAGCAACCCAGGCCUCUGGCUCAGGACAGCCCGAUAGCAGCAGCAGGAGGAGGAGUGCCAAGGCGGACGGCGCGUUACCCGGACAGCAGCAACCGUUGACGAGCCCAGGAGCCCCCACAACCUCCCAACUAGACGGCGGCGGUCAUGGAAGUAAUGUGGAUGGUUUCGAGGCGGUGCAACGGGAUCGCCAGUAUGGCGCCUUACAGGACAGAGACCGGGGCCAGGAGCGGCAGGCGAGGAAGCGGCGGGAGCAGCAGCAGCAGCAGCCAGCAGCAGCGGCGGUAUCACAGCCUCCUCUCAUCCCACAUGGGCUUCAAAACCUGCAUUCCUCCCGUCAAUUGAAGAGCCAGGAGGUCGAUGAGCUGGGCCAGGAUAAGUCACUGCUGCAGCAGCUAGGUCAGGCAUCUGAUGUGGGUCAGGGACAGGACGUCCAGACCUCAACUGCUCAGCAAGCCGAUUCAGCAGCAUAUGCGGGCAUGACAGCCGCCGUCGCAGCAGCAGCUGCUGCUUCUGCCACUGACGCAUUGGAUGCCGCCGUCACCGCCGCUACAGCAGCAGCGGCCGGAUCAGGAGGGACAGGAGUGUCGUACGAUGUUUGGUUGCACACGGGCGACCUGACACCCGAGCUGGCGGAGGCGGGGCAGCUGGCGGACCUGGGGUAUAUGUUGGAGGCAAUGGACCCACGGGUCGCCUGGCAGGAAGUGCCGUUACCGUUACGGCAGCAGUUGGCGACGUACGGCAGAUCUACGGUUGCCGUACCGCUAGACGGUACGACACUGCUGACUAUGUACCGCAGGGACGUGCUGGAGCGCUUGGGUUUGGCGGUUCCCUCCACAUGGCGAGAGCUACUGGCGUUUCUCCCCGCAUACAGCCUGGCAAGGCAGCAGCAGCAACCAAAUGGGACGGCUGGGGUAGGAGGGGCCAAUGGGACAGCGGCAGCAGGCGCAGCAGCAGACGACCCGCCCUACGCUCUGUGUGUGCCUCGGGGCGCAACAGCCUGCUCCCAGCUGCCGUACCUCCAAGCCAUCUGGUCGUCCAUCGCACAGACCCAUGGGUCACAGCAGGGCAUCCACUUCGCCUACUAUUACGCCAAUUCCACCGCCUCCAAUGCCACCUCCACCUCCGCACCCACCACCUCCCAGCCCCUUGCCCGUCUACGCCCGCUUCUGGAUUCCCCGGCUACCCGAGAGGCGCUGCUGCUGCUGACCCGCCUGCGGGACGCAGCGGCACCGCCCGAGGCGGAUGAGGAGGCGGCGGCUGAGCAGCAGGAGCACCAGGGAAGCGGCGGCGCCGGGGUUGCUGCUGCCGGUGGUUGUGUGUACGGCAGCUGGGGCUUUGCGAGGGGGCGGUGUGCGCUGGUGCUGGGGGCGAGCUUCGUCGCGCAGAUGAGGCUCCUGGGUGACCCACGGGUCAAUGCCAGCGUACCAGCCAGCAGUGUCGCCGUGGCGCCCCUACCUGGCUCCCAUUUGGUGUGGACGCGAGGGGACGUUGCCAGCAACAGCACCGGUAGCAGUAGCAGCAACAGUAGCAGCAGCGGCGCCACGGAGUUGCAGUCGUGUACGGAGCUGCUGUGUCCCUUUGCAACACAGGUUAGGGUGGCGGUGCAGGAGGAGGAGGAGGGGGCGGAGGGGCAAGACAAGGAGACGGCAGCUAACGGUGCUAUUGCUGUAGCAAGUUUCGCUACCUCUGAUACAUCUCAGCAGCAGCAGCAGCAGCUGCUGCACAUGUGGGUCAACUACGCGCCUCAGCUACCUCCCUCACUGUUGGUGGGGUCGGUUAACAGAAGUGCCUCGGUGCUCGUCCAACUCCUGUCGUACCAACUUGUCGCCUACCUCGCCUCACCCGAGCGCUUCCACGACAACGAUACCAGCACCCCCAGCGGUGCUACUACUACUGCUGUUACUGCCACCCCUGCCACCAACAGCAGUAGCGACCCCACACCUCCGGCAUCAGCAUCCCCUCCGUACUUAACGCCAGCAUCAUCAUCCGUACUGCCUCCGCCGGUGUCUCCACUUGUCAGUGUGGAGCCCGUACGUUUGUCGUACCUGGGUGUACGACAGUCCGCCUCCUCCUCCGCCUCCUCCGUGUUGGAUGCAUGGACGCGUGCGGGUUACGACGCGGGUGCGGUGGCGGGGGCGCUGCCGGUGCUGGCGGCCGGUCGCAUGCACCCCAAUGCGGGCAUGGGCUGCCUGCGGAUGGCGGGAGCGGAGUUCUACAACUCCCUGCUAGAGGACCUCAUUCGGGGCCUGCGGGCGGGUGACAUCCUUGCAACCGACCCGCUCGCCUCAGAGCAACCCCUGCUACUGACCGCCACAGCGGGGUCGUCGACGGCUGCGACGGCGACAGCGGCAGCAACGACGGCUGCUACCUCCACACACAGGAGGCGGAGAAGAGGACUUGGCGCAGCGGAUGGAGCGCCGCCGUCGCCCCUCACGACGGCAGCGGCGGAGGUGGAGGCGGGGGCGGCAUCGCCACCGCCGCAGGUACAGCAGCAGCAGGAGCAGGUGCAGAGGACUCUAGCGGAGGCCAUGGCUGCGGUGCAGGCUGCUGCGGAGGUGUACUAUGAUUCCCAGGUCUACCUGGACCGCUACCUGGCCUCCCUGGCGAUAUCGCCCUACUCCCCGCUGUCGCCGUACUACGUGGAGAGGGCGGCGCUGACACAAUCAAACGCGUCCUCAACCCCCUCCACCGGCUCCUCCUCCUCCCAUCACACCGCCCCACCCCGCGUCAUCACGGCAGCUGUCAUCGUCUCCCUGGUGGGCUGUACGGCAUUUCUAGCCUGCGGUGUGUCCGCGGCGCUCGUCUCCCCCAACCGGCGCCGCCACCUGCGCCGCCUGCUGCUGCGUCGGCUGAGCCCCUGCCUGCCAUCUGCAUGCGGCUCCUCCCGGCCUCGGAUUCGCUUCGAAUUGGGUGUGACGGGUGGUGGAAGUGGAGGUGGGGGUGGUGGCAGGAAGCAGCGGCGGAGGCUGAGUCACAGCCUGCGACCUGCGCCCUCGGGGUUCAGCGUGUCGGGACAUCCGCAGGUGAAGGCUCCUGAGGUGUCCUCCGAAACCGCAAUCCUGGUCACCGACAUACAGAGCUCCACCCAGCUCUGGGAGACGCUGGCUUCUGACGUCAUGAGCGCCGCCGUACAGCUGCACCACGUGUGCAUCCGUCGGCUGCUGGUGGAGCAUUGCGGGUACGAGUCGGCCACGGAGGGCGACUCUUUCAUCCUGGCCUUCCGCACCGUCAAGCAGGCUGUGGCGUUUGCCAUGGACCUGCAGGCCCAGCUGCUGGUGCUGCCCUGGCCCCAGGAGCUGCUGGAGGAGGAGGUGUGCCUGCCGGUCUACACGGAGCUGCCUGAGGGCUUCCCAUUCAUCCACAACCACCACCCAGAGGAGGAUGACAAACCCACGUGCGCUGCCGCCGCCAACGCAGCCGCCGCGGCGGCGGCGGCAACCGCCGCUGCCACGCGCUUCAGCCCUUUCCUGGCCGUGAACGGCAGCCAGAUCUGCCCCGCAGCUCUGGAAGCCAACUCGCCCUUGCUCCCGGUGGCAGCAGCGGCGGCGGCGGCCGCGACGGCGGCUGUACGGCCGCCGCAGCGACAGCCCACGUCGUUCACUCUGCCGACACCAACGCCGACGCCGACGGCGGCGCUGACGUCACCUUGCACGGGCCGCUGCGGCUCCUUCGUGCCCAUGCGCACCGGGAGUGUUUUCUUUGCUGCACCUCCAUCGCCCCAAAACGACGAAGCAGCACAGAAUGCCUUUCUAGCCGCGCAGCUGCUGGGGUUGGGGCCCGACGUGUCUGAUAGAGGAUCCUCCGCGACUGGGCUACCAGCGCAACAACAACCGGCGCCGUCGCAGCAGCAGCUGCUUCUAGGGUUUGGACCGUCAACGGCGGCUUCAACAGUUCCCGGUCAGCAGCAGCAGCUUGAGGCUUUACAAGGCGGGCCUUCAGAAGCCGCGGACAUGCUGUCAUGCGGCGGUGGCGGUGGCGGAGGCGGCGUUUGCGGCGGAAGCAGAGGCGGAGAAGUGGUGUCAGCGGUGCAGGAGGAGGUCGAUGCAGUGCUGUCGCCGUGUGAGGAGCCGUCCUCGCAUCGUGAUACCUGUUCGAAUGCGACGGGUACUGUCCUGAGCCUUCGGGCCUCGCCGUACCUUUGGCAAGAAAGCGGUGGCGCCGACGGCAGCGGCCAUGGCGCCAGUGGCGGCGGCAGCGGCGGCGGCAACGCCAUAAUGGGCGGCGCGGUGCCGGCGGCGGCGGCGCCGUCAGCCCUGGCGGCGCUGACGAGAGCGGCGGCACGGAUUGUCCGUACGGCGGCGGCAGCGGCGGCGCCGGGUGGACGGAAGCCACACGGCGGGCUGCUGGUUCGUCGAUCCAUGCCGUUGCUGGGCCGGAUGUCGAACCCGCUGCUUCGGACCUCCUUACCAGCACCGCCGGCGGCGGCGGCGGGUGGGACGUCCAACGGCAUGGCGGCGCUGCCGUGGGGGUUCACGCUGCCGAUAGGGCGGCUGUCAAUGGCGGGGGCGUUUCCAGGUCUGGGAGCCUUCCAUGGCGGGCGGGCCCACGUGGAUCGCCGCUUGAGUGCAUGUUUGGAUCCUGGCUUCCAAGGACACUUGGCGCGGAUGCCCACGGACGGCGACACAAGCGCUGGCGUCGGCAUAAGUGAGGAUGAUGAUACUGGCGGCGGCGCAGCCGCCGCCGCCGCGGCGGCGGCCGCCGCGCAUCCCUCGUCUCCAGGCACCUCCGCCAGCUUCGCCGCGAUGGUGCAUGCCUUCCGCUCCCGCCGCAUGUCUCAAGGCGCGCCACGUCGUAACGAGUACGCUCUGUCGCCUCGCCCGUCGCCCGACCACGCUCGGCACAACCCCGGCUCGCUGUUCGCCGCUGCAGGCACGUCCCAGGGCGGCAUGUCCAUCUCCGAAGGCGGUUACGGCGGCGGCGGCGUCGCCGGCUGCAGCGGUAACUGCGCGGACCCUUCCUCGACGCUGCUGCCGCCGCCGCUGGCGGCGCCGCCACCUCCAGGCAAGACGCUGGGCCAGAUUCUGUCGGAGCUGAAUGAAAGGAACAACAGCCCAGCGGCGUCAGCCGGAGGGGCUCCCGGCGGCAGUGCUGCCGGCGGCGGCGGAGGAGGAACUUCAGGAGGCGGCAGCGGCCUUGGCGGCCACCACCACCACCACCACCAGGCCAUCCGGGGGAGGCGGCUGCUGAUGUUCCGGGGCCUCCGAGUACGUGUGGGCAUCCACGCUGGCGUCACAAGCGAUGCCGAGAUGCAGUACAAUUCCGCCUCCGCACGCAUUGUGUACGGCGGGCCGUGCGUGGCGGCAUGCAAAGCGGUUGCUGACAUGGCACAUGGCGGCCAGGUUUUCCUGAGCGGGGCGGCGAGGGCGGCUCUGGCGGCGGCGGUGCACCACCAUAACGGGGGGCGGCCCGUAGGAACAAUGAUGCUACACAUGGGGACGUACGUGCCCGCGGCGCCACCGGCCCCUCCAGCCCACGGGCCUGCAUACCUCGCUGCAUGCAUCGCCGUCUCCGGCGUGGAUGCUGCAGCCGAUGCUGCGGCGUCCGGGGGGCUCACGUCGCCGCGUCGCGCUGCCUCUCUCGGUCUGGUUGGCGACGGCGAGGCGGCAGCAGCCGGCGACGGCGGCGGCGUCGCCGCCAGCCACGUACCGUCGUUAACGGCUUCCGCCGCCGGCGGCGGCGGCGGCGGCGAUCGGCAGUCCAUUGACAUCGGAGCCCUCCACGCCCACCCGUAUUGCCGUCGUACCGCUCGUAUGAACGGACAUGCAGCAGCGGCGCCGUCGGGUACGGAGCCGCGGCGUGCAGCGGUGGCGGGGGCGCCGCCGCCGCCGCCGCCAGCGGCGGCGGCGACGGAGGUGUAUUGGGUCACGAGCCCGGCGCUGUCGCAGCGGUUGGUGCUGCUGCCGCCGCCGCGAGUGCCGAAGGAUCUGGUGGUGGCGCAAGAUGUGUACGGCGCGCCUGUUGGAAGGGUGUCGUACGUUGUCGUACAGGUGCCCGCUGCGUCGGCGCUAUUGGCUUGGGACUUGCAGGAGGCGAGGGCGGCGUUGCGGCUGUUCGAGGACACGGCGGCAGCACUGCUGAGGAGGCUGGGGGGAGGAUACAUGUCCUGCCCACACCCCGGCGAGCUCUACGCGGCCUUCACCACCGCUGCUGCGGCGGUGCGCUGGACGGAGGGGCUGCGGAGGCUGCUGCUGGAGGCGCCCUGGUCGCAGGCCCUCCUAGCCAACGAGCUUUGCGAGGUCGUCGAGGUUUCCGACUCCUGCUCCUCCUCCUCUUCAUGCUCCUCCUCCUCCUCCUGCUCCUCUAGCGAUUUCGAGUCCUGGGAACAAGCGUUGCUGCCCGCUACCGACCGACCUAGCCCCCUCCCGCCAGCGGUGUCUGCCGUAUCCGCCGUCUCGGCUGCGGCUGCCGGCGGCGGCGGCGGUGGUGGUGGUGGUGGCGGUGGUGGUGCUACAGGCACCGGGACACAGCAGUUUGCUGCCGUCAGCAUCAGCCGUGUUUCGCCCUCCAUCUCGCCGUUGUCUUUGUCGCCCUCUCCCUCCGCGUUUUGGCUGCGACAUAGGUUGAGCGGCAACAAUGCGGCCAGUGGCGGUGGCGGCAGCAGCAGCUGCUGUAAACCUAACAACACCCACGGUAACGGGAACGCUACAACCACCAACAAGGACAACAACGGGGACGAUUGCAACAAGGAUGGGAGACACCACCACCACCAUCAACGCCACCACCACCAUCACCACCACCAUACCGACCAUCAUCAUCAUCAUCGCCAUCAUCAUCAUCACAAACCUCAGGGAGAUCUCCACUGCGAAGCUAACCUCGCUUCACGCCAUCACCACAACCACAACCACGCAACCUCCAGCCACGUCCACGCCAGUUCACAUGCACCGCCCCAUCAUGCGCCCAGUAGCCGCUCCCUCAACCUCUCCUUGCAAAGUGCUGUAGCCGGCGCCGCGGGGAACUUGGCUGCGUGGAUCGCCGCCCGUCUGAGCCAUGGCCACACCCAAAGCAGCAGCGUCGGGGGUGGUAACCAUGCCCACAACAACAGCGCCAAUGGCUAUAACGGCAGGAGUCACAGUCACAGCCAUACCGGCAUCAGCAGCGGCUUUGGCGGCGGAGGCGGUGGCGGUGGCGGCGGAUCUGGCUGUAGCUCCGUUUCCGGUUCCGCACCGGUUUGCUCCGCCGGACCAGGCUUUACCGGUAAUACCAACCACAACCUCCAUAACCACCACUUUCCAACCGUUGUUGGAGUGUCGUCGUUCAAGCGCUGCAGCCCGCAAAUGGCUACCACUUCGACGCAGUCCAGCACCGCCGCCUCCGUCGCCUUGGUCGCCGCCGGCGGCGUCACAGCAUCGGCGGCGGCAUUGGCUGCCACCACCAGUUGCGGCGGCGGCGGCGGCGUUGCUGGGUGCGCGGGCGCCAGCGGCGGCGGCGACGUCGGCAGCCCCGCAGCCUUCCAACAUGUCCCCUCCCGCCUGGGCCUCAUGCAUGGCGACCGAACCCCACGUGUGCAUUCCCAUCUAACCGUCGGACCGUUGACGGAGGCCCUCCUGGGCGCAACACCGCACAAUACGCCGUCGCUGGCGACGGCCGCGUCGACGGCGUCUGCCGCAGCUGCCGUCGACGGGGCCUCUAGGACGCUGGUAGCCUUGACGACAGCGACGUCGACGUCGACGGAGGUGGCGGCGGCGGCGACGACGGCGACGGUGGCUCCGCCGAUGGGCGUAAUGCCGUACAACCGCCCGAGCGCCUCUCACAGCCAAGCCGUCAUGGUGGAGUUGGAAGACUUGAUGGAGGAAGAAAAUAAGGACGGCGUCGGAGGGUUGCACGACAAUAACCGCUUACGGCAGGCAUCGUCAUCCAUGGCAGCAACAUCGCGGCGGCAUUCCUUGGACGUGGCGUUUAGCCAUCGCGCGCUGCAUGGCUUGGGCCGCGGGGAGAGUCUCUGUGACAUGUUCCGGCGGGGGUUCAGCCGUGAUAGCGGUGUCAAUGGCAACGGCAGCGGCAGCGUCGGUGGAGCUAGCGGCGCGAGCGCCCGGACACUGGACUCAGCGCCGCCGCCGUCACUGAUCGGCGCAACGGCCAUUUCCCCUUCUUACGGCGGCGCCGGCAGACCUCCUUGUUCGGGGCCGCUAGGCAUAAGGCUGUCACAGCGUCCUCAAGAUGUACCCCGCCCGCCAUCACACCACCACCUCCAAGCCUCCCCUCUCCCUCCCCGGCAUCAGUUAAGCAGCUCCGCACUCGUGCUAGAGCUGCGUCAAGGCGGCGCCGCCGACAGCGGCGGUUGCAGGGUUUCGGAGCUUGAGGAUUUUCUGCCGACGUACGGCAAUUCCAACAACGUCAGCAUGCCGCCGCCGUACUCCGCCGCCAGCACCCACAGCGGGAAUACCCCCAUUGCAAGCACCAUUGCCGCCGCUGCUGCUGCCGCUGGCGGUGGCAGUGCUGCCGGCUGCAAGGGUGCAGUUGCAAGGAGGGCUAGCGGCGGCGGCGUUGCUGAGGCAGCGGCGGUGUGCUUUCCAACUAACCCUUGGGACCAGAUCCUGCCUCAGGGUCUGGCGCCUCGAGGAAUUCCCAGCUGCGACGGCGCCGACGGCGGCGGCGACGGCGACGGGUAUGGCGGCGCGUACGACUGCAACAGUGGCAGUGCCAACGUUACCGGUGCGGAGGCGGUGCAGGAGUGCGGCGGGGGUGGACGGCUGUUGCUCCUGAGAGGACUCAGGAUGCGUGCGGGUAUCGCCACGGGCCAUGUUUCCUGGCGGGCUCAGGACCACACGCACGAUGUGGGGUACGGCGGCAAGACCGUUCGUACUGCACUGCGGUUGGCCGGCUACAUGGCGACCGUUGGGCAGGUGGUUUGCUGCGAGGUGACGUGUCAGGAGGCGCUGGCGGCGCAGGCGGCGGAGCGUGCGAGUCGCAUGCUACAGCGCCUGUGGAACCAGCAGCAGCAGCUGCGGCAGACGCCGACUGAGACACAGAUGGACGUACUGGAAAAGGCGCAGCAACAGCAGCAGCAGCAGCAAACACAGCAGCAGCAGUUCGGUCCGGAUCAAGGCGCAGGAGGGGAACAGGCGCUGGACCAGGCGGAGCAGAAGAAGGGGGAAGGAGUGGAGGAAGCAGAGGAGGAGCAGGAGCAGUGUCUUUUAAAGUUCUCGCCGGUCACGAAUCGAGGCAUGCUGCUGACGCCGGGAGCGGCGCGGAGGCGGAAAUGCACUGCCUUCGUGUGCAGCUUCCACCAUCCUCACCACCACUCCGCCACGCCACGCCCUCUCUCCAAGAAGCCGAGCGAGAUUCCCGAUGCAUGUACGGCAGCAGCAGGUCCGAUGCCACUCGAGGGCGGCCAUCAGCAGCACCUCCGCCACCCAGGCGGCCCUACCUCGGCGCCAUCACACGGCAUCUUCGGUGCUCAUCGUGACCCCGCUGCUGCUGCUGCUGCUGCUGCUGACAAUGCACAAUUCCGGCCCUCAAACCGCCGACACCAUCGUCAGCACAGCCAAUCAGACCAAUCUAAACACCCCAGCUUUCAGCGCCAAAGUCGAUCCGGCGGCUGCUCCCUCUACAGCUCUGCGUCUGCUGCUGCUGCCUCUGGUAUAUGCGAGCCGCAGCAGCAGUGGCAGAAGCAGUGGCAGCAGCGGCGCCGAAGCAGCCACCACAGCUACCACUGCCAUUCACAGAUGGGAGAACCUGGUCGUUCAGUUACGCUGCCCCUUCCACUUGCCGUUAACCCCGCCGCCACCGUCGCCGCCGCCGCCGCCGCCAAUGGCGCCAGAGAUACGCACUCCUCAGCUGCCGCUGCCGCCGUCAGUGCUGACGACGCUGCUACUGCCUUCACUGCUACUGCUGCUCCGACAGAUCCCGAGUACGCACUCCCCAACACAAGCACCGUUUUGGGGCCAUUGCUCGCCGGGUCGGUGUCGCGACGGUCGAGCUUCCCCUCCGUCAGCUCCACAGGCUCCACAGCUGGCGACGCUGCUGCCGCGGCGGCUGCGACGGCAGCACUGUGGGUGGGCCGGGCUGACGGCGGCGGCAGCGGUGGCGGCGGUUACCACUCGGCACGUAUACGCGGCCUCCGCCAUUCGCUAAGCGCGUCGCCUCCGUACGGCAUCGGGCACCAGCAGCCGCUGCCGGAGCUGGCGGAAGAGGCGACGCCGGUUGUGGUCGCGGCGACUGACGCCGCCGCGUUGGCCGCGGCGGCGUUGGCCCUGCCGCCUGGCGCCCAACGCCGGAACUCCGUCUGCGUAGCGAUGUUUGGCCGUACGCCGCCGCUCUCUGUCGUACAAGCUGGCAGCGGCGGCGGCGGCGGCGGAAGGGACGCCGAGCGUAACUCCUGGGGUGGCAGCGGCAGCGGCGGUGGCUACUCCGCAGCGACUUCCUUCCGUGUUCGCCGCUAUGGCUGGCCCCCGUUGGCACGUGUUGGAACGUGGGGUGCGUUAUCACGGCCCUGGCCCGAAUACCCCGCCUCCGCGGCCUCCGCUGCCGCUGCCGUCGCCGCAUUGGGUGGCGCUGCUGCUGCCUCCCCGACGCUUCCGCUUCCACUUCCGAUGAUGACACGUGGACGAUCCCGGCUACGAGUCGCGUCGACGUCACUGGAUGGUGGCCCCGAGGCCACUUCGGGAGGCGGCGACGACGCCUCUGCCGCUGCCGGAGGUUGUGACGCUGGCGGCGCCGCAGCUGACGGUGAGGGAAAUAGGUGUCGUACUGCCCCCGCCGCCGACGAAGACGUUGACGCUGGGGUGGGGCCGGGGCCAGACCAGCGGUGUCGGGACCCGUCUUCCUCGCCACCGCCGCCGCCACACCGCAGCCGUGCCCGCCAUUGCCAAGGAGCGCUGGCAACGAUGACAGCGCCACCGACCCGUGGGUCGCGUCCGCUGGCGGCGGCGGCUGCUGCUCUAAAGCUCGUCCAUCGCCUCUGAACGACAUCCCCGGCGCAACCGGAAUAGAGGAAGAGCAGCAGCGUUGCCUGGAUCCCCUGCUAGUACCGGCUUCUGCUGUUGCUAAUGCAGGGCUUGCGGGUAAAGCGCCAGGACGACAUGAAGAAGGACGAGAUUGCAACAGCGCGGAUACUGAUGCCGUUGCUUCUUUCGAGGGCUUUCAGCUCCACAACGCGAGUUCACCGCUGCCUCUGCCGCUUGCCGCCGUUCCCUCCUGCCUGUUGCCCGCUGGUGACGGCAGCACAGCGGCCGCCUCGGGCCUCAUCAGCGGACCCGGAGAAGGAGGAGGAGCCGAGGGCGCAGCAGCAGCAGCAACUGAUGGAGCUGCAAUAGCAGCAGACGUAACGGCAGGUACUGCGGUUUAAGGAGGAGGAGGAGGAAGGGAAGGAGCGACGGUGGGAGUCAAUGGUAAGCUUGGAAGCUGUUGCCGCGAACCGGUCGGGACAACAGCUUCCGGGUAGAUCGCCCGCAGCAACUGCGGCAAUUGAGAGCUCAGGUGGCGGAGCGUCGAUUGAUCGGGGGGGGGGUGCUGUUACGGUAGCAGUUAUGGCCGUGUAAAGUUGUAAACGCUUGCAACCAAGACACAACAGCGAUGAGGCAUCGGUAUCCGUUCCGCAAGCAGAUGAAGAUAAAGCAACUGCGCGUUGUUUAAGGGGCAUUUUAUUCAGGAGGGAUGCCUCGAGAGGGUUCCAUUCUUUGGCUAUGAAUCCAAAUAUCCUAUACCAUUUUGCUACUGCCGAUGUUUCGUUUGAGGGACGCCUUCCAUUCAGGGUUGGUUGCAUGCACGCGUGUUGCUAUGGAGGGUUCAUGCCACAUGUGUGGGAUCGCUUUGUUUGCUGCUGAUGCGAGUGUUGUUCAGUUUGCCGCUACUGAAAUCUGGGAGAGUCAUUGGAGGAGACAUAUGCAAGAUCAGCAGCGGCUACAAACGCCUCUAUGUUAGCUUUCGCACGCUCAGGCGAAGCAGCCGGCCCAUGGGUCACCAAUACAUGACUAGUUACUUGCGAGCGGGAGAGAGGACCAGUGCGGUCCUGUGAUAACGAUACUGGCCGCGAGUGCGACCGUGCGCGUGCGCUCUUCAUGAGAUUAAUGGGCCGGUGUAAAUUGAUCGUGUUCAUUGCUUAUCCCGUCCGUGCAAUUCACGUACGGUGUUACCCGUGCGCGUACUGACGUGCACUUGGUGUGAUGUGAUGUAUGUGAUGGCAGUUGGCGGUUGGUAGUCGGGGGUAGUUGGCGGUUGACGGUAGUUGGCAGUCUUGAAACGCCUGGGAGCGUUUAUAUGUAUGUUGUGUAGGCCUCGCCUCUGCGCGGUAAAACGAGCGCUCUCCCCAGCCAGUGACAGUGUACGAGUAUCUGAUGUUGAUGACACGUAUGCUGGGUAGCGCUAAUGCUAUGGGUUAAUGCUAUGGGUAAUACGGAAUGGUUUUGCCACCAAGUGGGCUAGGAUGGGGGUGUACAUCUCGUCUGGGUAGUGAGGAAGCUACGUACAGGUUAAUAAGUCAGGCUAUUUGGCAGAGAGAGGAGCCCAGGCACACUGCACGGUGCGCGCACGCCGGUG